UUUUAAUGUCUAUAUGAUAUAUAAAAGACUAUUACAAAAUCUUAUUUCUGAGUAUAAUAACAUAUCUAAUGAGACCAAGUAAAAUUGUUUCAAAAUUAAGGUUACAUGAAUACUCUUAGUCAUUCCUAUACAUAAAAAAUUAACAGACUUUAAACUCAACAAUGUAUAAUGAACUUCCUAUAUUACGUAUAUUACUAAGUCACGUUUAAAUCACGUUUCUCUCGACCAUUUUUUAAUAUUUUUAUAUGACAGUAUUCUGAUAUGCAGGGUCAUUCAAUUGACCUGGAGAACGAAGAAACUGAGAUAAGCAAGGAAGUAAGUAUUCGUCACGCUUUAAAUGACUUCAGUAUCUUUAGUGGCACGAGACAGUUAAGAAAGGUUUUAUUUUAUUGAUUUGCUGCAUCAAUAAGAGCUAGACUACAGUGAUUCUUAAUUUAUAUUUCACAAGCUUCCAAUCAAUUACAAAAUAUAAAAAUGGAGGCUAUAGGAGCCUAUCCCAUAUUAAAAUCUUUUCUUGCUGGCUCAUUUUCUGGUACUUUUUCGACAAUUCUAUUUCAACCAUUGGAUUUAAUUAAAACUAGAUUACAAAGCAGAGUUACUACUCAUGUUGAACCAACAAGAAAUGGGAUGCUAACAACAAUUGUACAUAUAAUAAAAAAAGAAAAUGUAUUUGGAUUAUGGCGGGGUAUGACACCAUCUAUAACAAGGGUCAUCCCUGGUGUUGGACUCUACUUUUCCUCUUUGGAUUGGUUAAAACAUACAUUACAGCUAGAAGAACCAUUGACACCUCUACAAGCUAUAUCGUUAGGUAUUACAGCUCGAUCUAUGUCUGGUGGUUUAUUAAUUCCAAUUACCGUUGUUAAAACACGAUUUGAGAGCGGCGUUUACAAAUACAAUAGCGUUGCAGAAGCUUUGAGGCUCAUAUAUAGGCAAGAAGGUAUUAAAGGUCUGUCAAGUGGCCUAGUACCAACAUUACUUCGCGAUGCACCAUACAGUGGUCUUUAUCUGUUAUUUUAUACACAAUUAAAACAAAUAGCUGCUCAUACAGAGCUCAUUCAUCAAAAUACCUCUGUACCAGUACACUUCAGCUGUGGGGUUUUAGCAGGAAUUUUUGCUGCUAUUGUAACGCAUCCACCAGAUGUUAUUAAAACGAAGAUGCAACUUUAUCCAAAUGAAUUUAAAACUAUUUACAGUGCCACUUAUAUUGUGUAUAAAAAGUACGGAAUUUUAGGAUAUUUUAAAGGAAUUGUUCCUAGAAUGUUAAGAAGAACACUAAUGACUACUAUGGCUUGGACUGUUUAUGAACAGAUUACACGAAGCAUUGGGUUAAAAUAAAAUUUAAUAAAUUAUGCUGAUUGGUAUAAAUAGAAAAUUUUAACCACAUGAGAACAAUUAUUUAUAUACAGUAUUAGAAUGAAGCAACGUAUUGCUCAUUGUAUUACCAAU